AUGGGUGCAGCGGCACUCGCACAGUCCACCUUCGCUUCUCAGUUUCCUCUCACCAACUCCCUGCCAUUCGACGCGUCAGUAAAGCGGACGAUGUUGGACUGGAAGAGCGACGAUUUCAAGUUCAAGGGUGGUCCGGACGUGUUUACGCCGAAGGACCUCGUUGAGCUGCCUCGGCCUGGUUCGGGUACUGCGAACCCUGGUGGUGAUUUAGCGCUCGUGUCGGUGAGCACGUAUUCGUUCAAGGAUAAGAAAAACAACAAAUCGAUCUGGCUCGCGCCUCUCGAAUCUAGCAUAUCUCCACUCGAGAUCCCACUCGCAAACGGCGGAGACGCAUUCUGGCUCGAUGACCGCACGAUCGGGCACGUCGUCGCAGGCGCAGAUGGGAAAGGCUCCGAGCUGUUCACGAUUUCCGUCAAGUUCGAAACAACCACCUCAUCGCCAAAUCAUCCUGCCACCCUCAGUGCUCCGGAGAGCCCCGCCCUCGUAGGCUCGUUUCCUGCUGGUGUUAGUCCUGCGAACUUCAGAUACGUUGGAGCAGCAGAGCGACUCGUGUUCUCCGCGUACGUGUACGCAGACGGGAAGCUCGAAACCGUACAGGAGCAGAAUGAAGCGUACGAAUCGCGUGGAAACACUGCACUUGUUUAUGACGAGACGUUCGAGCGGCAUUGGGAUACAUGGACGGGACCUAAGCGAUCGAAGCUGUUCACUGUGAGGCUUGUGAAGGGUACAGACGGGAAGUGGGUGCUUGGAGAUGAGUUCGCGGCGCCGUUGAGAGAUUUGAAGCACGAUGUGCCUGUUGAGCCAUUUGGAGGGUUGGAUGACUUCUCCGUUUCGAGUACCCAUAUUGUUUAUACGACGAAGGAUCCAAAAUUACCAGCAGCUUUGCACACCAAGCAGAACAUCUACGUCGUUGAUCUACUAGGCAAAGGCGCCCCUCGCGAACUCACCUCAGGCAACCAAGGUGCAACGCAUAACCCCGUCUUCAGCCACGACGGUACCAAAGUCGCAUGGACCGAACUUGACAAGGACGGCUACGAAUCCGACCGUGCCAAGAUCGUCAUCUUCGACCUUACAAAAGUGGUACGCUACACUCUCUCACAAGCAUGGGAUCGUUCAGCCGGAGAGCUCGCAUUCAGCGCAGACGACAAGGCGUUGAUCAUAACCGCGGGUGAACAUGCUCAUGUGAAAAUAUUUAGACUACAGUUACCUCCAACUCCUGAGGACUCAACGACGAAUCCUACGUUCCCAGACGGAUACGAUCCCAUACCAAAAGCUUUAACCCAUUCUCACGCUUCCUCUGCGCCUCAACCGCUCCCUCGAGACGGACGUAUACUCUUCACACAAUCCUCACUUACCUCACCCAACGACGUCUUCAUUCUCUCUCCCGACGGAUCCUCCAUAACGCAAAUUACGAAAUUCACUGCGAAGCAUCUAAAAGGGAAAGACCUUGAUCCGGGGGAGAGUUUCUGGUUUGAGGGUGCUGAGGGUAAGAAGGUACAGGGAUGGGUACAUAAGCCGAAGGGGUGGAAGGAGGGAGUGAAGAAGUCUGUUCCUGUUGUGUUGUUGAUUCAUGGUGGACCUCAGGGAGCUUGGGAGGAUCAGUGGUCGACGAGGUGGAAUCCUAACGUUUUCGCUCAGCAGGGUUACUUUGUCGUCGCUAUUAAUCCGACUGGUUCAACUACAUUUGGGCAAGCAUUCACGGACGCGAUCACGAAAGACUGGGGAGGAAAGCCUUUCGUCGACUUACGAAAGGGUUGGCAAUUCGUAUUGGACAAGUAUCCUGAGAUCGACGCCGAGCGUGCUGUCGCUGCAGGUGCAAGUUGGGGAGGCUAUGCCAUCAACUGGAUCCAAGGUCAUCCUGAUUAUGGGUUUGGAUUCAAGGCACUUGUGUGUCAUGAUGGCGUAUUUGAUACGCCCUAUAAUGGCUUCUCGACAGACGAACUAUUCUUCUUCAAUCACGACUUUGGCGGACCACCUUGGGACUCAGAGGCCAAGCCCGUCGUCGAUAAGUUCAGCCCAUCGAACUUCAUCCAGAACUGGUCGACACCACAAUUGAUCAUUCAUGGAUCGAAGGACUUCCGACUGCCAGAUACGGAAGGGAUAGGGGCGUGGCAUGCUUUACAGACACGCGGCAUCCCAAGUCGACUCGUUAUCUUCCCAGACGAGAACCAUUGGGUGCUCAACCAUGGGAACAGCCUUAAGUGGCAUUUCGAGGUGUUCCGUUGGUUUGAUAAGUUUGUCGGUGUUAGUGGCCUACACAAGGUCAAACAAGAGGACAAGGACACAGUAGAGGCAACAUAA